CAGGCUGCCUACCUGCACCUCGCCAGCCGGGCUGGGGACCGCGCUGGGGGUCAGCAUCUUCUCCACCCGCAUCCCAUGGGGUGUGCGGGGCCUCUGGAGCUCCCUGAUGCUCCCGGGAGCAUCUCCCCACCGCCUCCUGCAUCCAGCCCGGCAUGGAGAGCCUGAGCAACAGCCUGAAGAAGAAAGCCACGGAGCAGCACUACAGGGCAGAGGUGAUGAUUGCUGGAGAGCAACUGAGGCUUCGCCUCCACGAUGGGAAGCUCAUUAAGGACCGACGUUACCACCUCCGAACCUACCCAAACUGCUUCGUGGCCAAGGAGCUCACGGACUGGUUGAUUGACCACAAAGAAGCACCGGACCGAGAGACGGGCAUCCGCCUCAUGCAGAAGCUGAUGGACCACUACAUCAUCCAUCACGUCUGUGACGAGCACUCGGACUACAAGGAUGCCAAGCUGCUCUACCGCUUCCGCAAGGACGACGGGACCUUCCCCCUCACCAAGGACGUGAAGGUGUUCAUGAGAGGGCAGAGCCUUUACGAGAAGCUGGUGAGCGUGGAAGAGUCAAUUCUGAAGGUGAGAGAGGAGAACUCGGUGAAGUACCAGAGGACUUUCCUGGGCUGCGAGAUGAUCGACUGGCUGGUUCAGGAGGGAGAAGCAGAGAACCGAAAGGAAGCGGUGGAGCUGGGCCGGGCGCUGCUGGAACAUGGGAUCAUUCAGCAUGUCUCCAAUAGGCAUCACUUCUUUGACAGUGAUGUCCUCUACCAAUUCUGGAUCAACUUUCGCCGGAGGCGUCGUCUCACAGAGUUACUCAAUGAAAACUCUUCUCGUGCCCUGUCCGAGAGCCCAGACAGCCCCUUUUGCCUUCGAAAGCUCAACCCGGACCCCGGCAACACCAGCUUUCUCUCAGUCCAGACCAACAAGGAGAUCAAAAUUGUCUCAGCAGUUCGAAGGAGCAGCAUCACUUCUCUCACUGGAAACUCCAACCCCUACUUCAGCCCUGCUCCUACCUUGGUGUUCCCUCCUGUGGCCGAGUGCAACCCCAAAUCAGUGUUAAAGAGACCCGUCACCAAUGAAGAGCUCCUGUCCCCUGGGGCCCCCUACAUCAAGAAAACACUAACUAUUGUGGGGGAUGCGGUGGGCUGGGGGUUUGUGGUCCGAGGAGGAAGACCUUGCCACAUCCAGGCAGUGGACCCAGGAGGACCUGCUGCUGCUGCAGGGAUGAAGCUGCUCUACCGCUUCCGCAAGGACGACGGGACCUUCCCCCUCACCAAGGACGUGAAGGUGUUCAUGAGAGGGCAGAGCCUUUACGAGAAGCUGGUGAGCGUGGAAGAGUCAAUUCUGAAGGUGAGAGAGGAGAACUCGGUGAAGUACCAGAGGACUUUCCUGGGCUGCGAGAUGAUCGACUGGCUGGUUCAGGAGGGAGAAGCAGAGAACCGAAAGGAAGCGGUGGAGCUGGGCCGGGCGCUGCUGGAACAUGGGAUCAUUCAGCAUGUCUCCAAUAGGCAUCACUUCUUUGACAGUGAUGUCCUCUACCAAUUCUGGAUCAACUUUCGCCGGAGGCGUCGUCUCACAGAGUUACUCAAUGAAAACUCUUCUCGUGCCCUGUCCGAGAGCCCAGACAGCCCCUUUUGCCUUCGAAAGCUCAACCCGGACCCCGGCAACACCAGCUUUCUCUCAGUCCAGACCAACAAGGAGAUCAAAAUUGUCUCAGCAGUUCGAAGGAGCAGCAUCACUUCUCUCACUGGAAACUCCAACCCCUACUUCAGCCCUGCUCCUACCUUGGUGUUCCCUCCUGUGGCCGAGUGCAACCCCAAAUCAGUGUUAAAGAGACCCGUCACCAAUGAAGAGCUCCUGUCCCCUGGGGCCCCCUACAUCAAGAAAACACUAACUAUUGUGGGGGAUGCGGUGGGCUGGGGGUUUGUGGUCCGAGGAGGAAGACCUUGCCACAUCCAGGCAGUGGACCCAGGAGGACCUGCUGCUGCUGCAGGGAUGAAGGUCUGCCAGUUUGUUUUCUCAGUGAAUGGAAUGUACGUUUUGCACCUGGACUAUCAGACCAUCAGCAGCCUCAUCAUGACAGGACCACGGACUCUCGUGAUGGAGGUCAUGGAAGCCAUUGAAUGAGUGAAGGCAUCUUGUCCCACCGCUCUUUGGAAAGGCAGGAGGCUCCACUAAGCAAGGAUGGACUGUGGGGAGGAGGGACCAAGCUGUACCAUUCACUGUGAAAUGUUAGCCAGGCAUUUUAAUAUAUUUUCCAAUAAAUGCACUCUAAGGGACAAGUCUCACA